ACUUCCUGUUAGCUUGUGGUAUAAAGGUUGUCUGUAUGAGCUGACGUGUGCGUGUCUUUUCUCAGGUGUCAGAGCAACGAGGCUGGCUGGCUGGCGGGUGGGCAGGGCUGCAGCAAAGAUGCCCUCGUGCUGAUUUACUUCCUGGCCACCCGUGUGGAGGUUCUUUGGAAGGAGUCGGCCUGGUGGAAGAACACAGGAUCAAAACUCAAAUCCAAACCUUGUGGACUGAUUUCAAAUAGCCAAUGAUGGUGGAAACUCACUGAGGCCUGCAAGUCGUCCGUCUUGCCGAUCAGAUCGUCCAGCCGGUCGCCUCUCUCCAGCACCUUGUCAAUGUUGUCUUUCAGGAUCACCUUCACCUCGUUCACCUGACCCUGCACGUGGUUCAGCUUGGAUGCCGUGCCGGACGGCUGGAAGUUUGGGUUAUCCUGCGAGGGGUUCAAGAAAAGUGGCCUCAAAGUACCCAAAAGUACAAGUUCUUGUACGCAUUGACUCCUCAGCAAAGCCAACGUGCAAUGUUUUCCCAAACAUUUAGUCUUACACUAAACCUUCUGCUAUUCUCUAUUACUUCCUUUAGGAUCACGGCUAAAGAUGCUGGUCUAAUAGAAACCAACGGAGAGCUGUCCUGUUACUCUAUUGUUCUCUAUUAUUUUCUGUCAUGCCCCCACUAGAGGACACAAAUGUUUUCACGCCCGUUUCACGCACGUUGAAAUAUUAUUGAGAAACUGACAUCUAUUUAUCUGUACAGACUGAACUCGAAACUGAAACCAGCGAAAUGCAACAAAAUGGACAGCAUUGAAGCAUACAAGCGUAUGCAAGAGUCAAAUUGCAUGCCGAGUACCACAAAUUCAGACAUGUUUGGCAGGUCUGCACUGAUAUUCAAGUUACUCCCUGGCCCCCCAGGGGACCUACCCCACUAUUUGAGAAGCACUGCACUAAACUAACGUGCAAAGAUCAAAGAUAAAAACUACUUCUUAAAGGGAUAGAGUUGCAUGACAUCCCUAUCAGCAGUGUAGUACAUCAAUGGUGACUCCUCCCCCCCCGGCCACCCCUUGGUUCGUGAGCCCAGUUCUGAUCAGAUUUGGGGGAUGAGGAACAUAGUUUGGGUUAAUGUUUUGAGAAGCUAAAGUCUUUACUUAAGUGUCCCCAAGUGGAACUGAUCACCACCUGGUGAUGAGUUAGUGGAAAACACUAUUGUAUGUUUUCAUACAUUUGGGGUACCAGUUUGAGUCUUCAACGGAACUAAUGUACUUAUUUGUAGAUGCUGAAGACAAUUCAGUCUUCAGCUAUCCUACCGUAGACUUUGGUAGCACUUUAGUCUUGAGUCAACAUAUAAAUUGUAUGACUUUUCCUAAGCAUUGAAGACAAUGUAACACUAAAGACAAUUUAGUCUUCACUUUCAACGUAAUGUAUGUUUUUGUAAACAUUGAAGAUAGUCCCUUCAGUCAAACGAAUAGGUCAACCCGGAACCUUCCUUCUGCAAGGGUACAGUGCUAAAUAACCGCACAACUGCUGCAACCUGAUGACAGUGACCUGAAUAUAAAGUAAUCUUUAUGAAGUACCAUAAUCAAGAGGGCAUGUGUCGCACUCCAGGAAGUUGUUUGUAUAAGUAUGUCAAACUACUCAAGCAGGGUCGAUGGACCUCCUUGGCGGAAGCAGCUAGCACCAAAAAGUGGCGCUACUCUCACUUCCUUCAACUUUGUCAGCAGAAUAGCGCUAUCAACUAAGCCAUGUUGCUGUCACAUGAAAAGUUGUCAUUAAACGGAGAGAAGCCACCUACCUACCUAACCUACCUGUGUGACAUAACUCACCAUAGUAGCGCUGGUAGGUGGUCCAACACAAUAGGACCACCAAUGGAAUGAAGAAAGGCAGAGAUCUUUUUGCUUCUUCUUGUGACUUCUUACUGAGUCACACAAACGCCCGCUGAAGGUUGCACCUCUGCUGGGUUACUCAUUAACUCCCCCCAUGGAAAGUCUUAUUGGCUUCAGAGGAGCUGUCACUGGGGUUGGCCUGAAUUCAGUCGCUGCACUUUCAUUUCCUUGUUUCCUGAGCAAAACUCAGCAAAAAAACUACCAAGAAACUUUUGAUUGUUUUAGCAACUCCUUGUGACUGCUCAUCCAGGGGGAAGAAUGUGUGAGGUCAAAGGUGCUUGAGACAGCUGAUUGCGUUCUCUUGAUUGCCUCUGUGAGCUUGAUUACAUUUACUUUUGCAACAAUGCUCAGCAUAGAUAGUUGUGUGUUGUUUGGGGUGGUGGCAGUGUGAUUUAUUUCCACGCAUUGGGGCCCAGAAUUCUUGGUGGUGCUCCUGCGGUACAAGUGAACAAUGUAUCCUGGAGAAAACGAUCAAGUAUCCUACAGAAUUCUACAUUUAAAACUGCACAUUUUCAAGAUUCAAGAGUUUUAUUGUCAUGUGCAUAGUAAAACAGGCAGUUCUUCUAUGCAAUGAAAUUCUUAUUCUGUUCAUUCUCCCAAGAAAAGAAAGAAAACACAAGAAAAUGAAUAAGAACAUAAGAAACAUAAAUACCAAUAAAUUAAGCAACAACAACAGAAGAGACAUUAAUACAAAUAAAUAAAUAAAGUGCUAUGAGUGUGUGCGUGCUUCGUUGAGAAGCCUGAUGGCCUGUGGGUAAAAGCUGUUUGCCAGCCUUGUGGUCCUGGACUUCAAACUCCUGUAGCGUCUGCCUGACGGUAGGAGUGUGAAUAAUGAGUGUUGUGGAUGUGUGCUGUCCUUGAUGAGGUUGUGUGUUCUUCGUAGGACUCUAGUUUUAUAAAUGUCUUGCAGUGAGGGGAGGGCUGCCCCAACAAUGUUCUGUGAGGUCUUGAUCACCCGCUGGAGUGCCUUCCUAUCACGUGUUGUACAGUUACCGUACCAAACAGUGAUGGAGGCGGUAAGGACACUUUCCAUAGUGCAUCUGUAGAAGCAACUCAGGAUUGUGGUGGACAUGCCAAAUUUCCUCAGUCUUCUCAGGAAGUACAGUCUCCUUUGGGACUUCUUCAGAAUUUGUUGGGUGUUGUGAGACCAGGUGAGGUCCUCGCUGAUGUGUGUGCCAAGGAACUUGAAGGUUUUCACCCUCUCCACCUCAGUCUCAUCAAUAAACAGGGGUCUAUGCGGCUCCUUUUCCCUUGUUCUUGGGUCAAUGAUCAUCUCUUUAGUCUUAUCUGUAUUGAGAAGGAGAUUGUUAUCACGACACCAAGCUAUGAGGUCCGCCACCUCUCUUCUGUAUGGUGUUUCAACACCACCAGUGAUCAGGCCGAUGACUGUAGUGUCAUCCGCAAAUUUAAUGAUGCUGGUGUUCUGGGAGGCCACGCAAUCGUAGGUGAAGAGCGUGUAGAGGAGCGGACUCAGCACACACCCCUGUGGGGUCCCAGUGCUCACAAUUCUUGAGCUGGAAGUGCGAUUGUGGACUCUGACUGACUGGGGCCUGCCUGUUAGAAAGUUAAACACCCAGUUACAGAGGGAGGGUGACAGGCCAAGUGUGAGGAGCUUAUUUGUGAGUUUGUGGGGGCUGACUGUAUUAAAAGCAGAGCUAUAGUCUAUAAAUAGCAUUCUGACAUAUGUGUCCUGGCCCUGUAGGUGAGAAAGGGCUGUGUGGAUGGCAGUGUUGACUGCAUCAUCCGUGGACCGGUUCUGGCGGUAUGCAAACUGUAGAGGGUCCACAGUUGCCGCCGGGAUGCUCUUUUUGAUGUGGGUCAUGACUAUUCUUUCAAAGCACUUCAUAACAAUAGGAGUGAGUGCUAUAGGGCGAUAGUCAUUCAAGCAGGUCACGUUGCUCUUCUUGGGUACGGGCACUAUGGUGGUGGACUUAAAGCAGGUCGGUACAGAUGCUUGUGCAAGCGACAGGUUAAAUAUGUCAGCAAGCACAUCAGCUAGCUCUGAUGAGCAAACUCGAAGUGCACGUCCUGAGAUGUUGUCUGGGCCUGCUGCUUUUCGUGGGUUUGUUUUGUUCAGAACCCUGCGCACAUCAGCUGAUGUCACCAUGAGAGGUGAGUCCUGUGUGCUCCCCAAGUCCAGCCACCCUCUCUGCUCAUCAGGAGUUUGGGUGUCAAAGCGGGCGUAGAACUCAUUCAGCUCAUCAGGAAGUGUGGUUUGGCUGGACGUGGCUACGCUACUCCGCUGUCGAUAGUCUGUGAUGUGCUGGAGCCCCGCCCACAUGCGCUGAGGGUCUGAGGUGGAAUAGUAGCCCUCCAGCUUCUGUCUGUACUGUCUUUUGGCCUCUCGUAUGGACCUCCUCAGGUCAUAUCUGGCCUUUUUGUAGUCCUCAGCGGUGCCCAUGACAAAUGCAGUUGAACGAGCGCGUAGCUUAGCCCUUACACCACAGUUCAUCCACUGUUUUUGAUUGGGGUUUUUUUGUAAUACUUUCGGCCUUUCCAAAGUGGGGUCUUGGAACAGCCUUUCAAAGCACCUUUCAUGUUGCUGUAAACUUGAAACUCUCGUGGGAAAGCUUACAUGCUGGUAAUAUUUAGGGAAAACAGUCCUGAGGUUGCAGUGGUUGAAAUCGCCCGAUAUAAUGAAUACAGCGUCCAGGCGUUUGAUCUCGUGUUUAUCAAUGAUGUCAUGCAGGAGGCCCAGCGCGUUAGCUUGUGGUGGAAUGUAAACAGCAGUUAAAUACACAGCGCUAAACUCACGAGGUUUAUACAAUGCUUGUAUAAACAGAAAUGUGUUAAUUAAACUAUGUAGUAUAUUACAUACUGUAUUAUAAAGUGUAGGCCUCGUUAUUCAGAUUGGCAUCGGUUUUGACCUGCCAUGAAUACCCACUGCCACUAGGGGGAGGUAUAGGCAACACUCCGCUCAAGCAGGCGGCAGGAAGAAGCGUCACUGUCGUAAAAUCUACCCGAAAGGUUCCGCGGUUACUGUGGCGCAAAUGUACAACAUAAACUAAAAGGAACCGUUGGAAACUACUGGGGAAAAGACGGCAUCGGGUUUAAUGUGUACCUGUGACAUUGGCUGAUUUACGGGGACAAACAAAGGUGAGAGUUUGCACCAAUCAGAGGCCGUGGCACAGCCUCGUGUUCGAGUAUCGGGUGAUGUGAUUGGCUGAAGCGGGGGGCUGUUGCGCAUUCACGAGCACAUCAACUGAAAAAGUUAGCGAGAUAUUUUUCAAAUCUUCUUUUUGUGCAAAGUACCGCGCGUCUUGAAUUUGGAUUAUUUGCUCUUUUGGGUCGAAGGAAGAAGCCUACCGAGUCGGGAGCGCGUUAUGAUACCCUGACAUCGACGUUAAAUGCGAACUUAUUUUAAAGGACAUUAUCAGCCUUCCUCCCCCGCUGAACCGAAGAGAAAGUUGACCGAAAUCAGAGCGCCACCAUGCUGGGAAAUGUCGGCGUUUACACCGUGAAGAGGAGGAAGAAGCCCGUUCAGAAGAAGUAUGUUCUAACGAGAGGUUCUAGUUUGGUGAAACGCGGCAGAAUCAGCACCGUGUUGAUGGAUAUUGUCCAGCAACACGGCUCCUUCAGAUGAAAUAUUAGAUUUCCAUGUCAUACUUUCCUGUUGUUAUUUAGCCACUUCCGGACUACAGGUCUGGCAGGUGGGUGUCUGUUGCAGAAGGCCUUGACGUCACGACUAUAGAUAAGCACCCUGCAAGCGCCCACGAAGACCAACCCAUCCAAGCGGCACCGGGACCGGCUCAACAUGGAGCUGGAGCGCCUGACCUGCCUGCUGCCCUUCUCUGAGGAGGUCCGCAGCCGCCUGGACAAGCUGUCCGUGCUGCGGCUCAGUGUGGGAUACCUCAAGGUCAAGCGCUACUUCCAUGAUGGGUUCCACAGCAAAAGCACCGCACUCCCUCCUGACGCGGAGGCAGUGUCCCUGGACGGCGUCAGGUUCUCUGAGGGCAAGCUCCUCCUCAAGUCUCUCAGAGGCUUCGUCUUGGUGGUGACGAGAGACGGCACCAUCUUCUAUGCAUCGCCUACCAUCCAGGACUUCCUGGGCUUCCAUCAGUCUGAUGUUGUGCAGCAGAGCGUGUUGGACCUGGUCCACAUCGACGACAGAGAGCUGUUCAGCUGCCAGCUGCAGCUCGGCAUCCACCUCAGUGACACGCAAGCCGUCCCCGGCUGUAAAUCUACCAGCAGCCCCCACAGUCUGCUGCUUCCGGAGGACUCCUUCUUCCUGGAGAGAAGUUUCUGCUGUCGCCUUCGCUGCCUCCUGGACAACACAUCUGGAUUCCUGGCUCUAAAGUUCUCCGGCCAUCUGAAGUACUUGCAGGGGAAAGCUGGGGCCGAUGGGAGUCCUCGGCUGGCUCUCUUUGCCAUCGCCACGCCUCUGCAGCCGCCCUCCGUCAUGGAGAUCCGCACCAAGACGCUGAUAUUCCAGACUAAACACCGCAUGGACUUUGCUCCCAUGGCCAUCGACACCAGGGGCAAGCUGGUGUUGGGCUUCUCUGAGACAGAGUUGAUCACCACGGGAUCGGGAUACCAGUUCAUCCACGCCGCAGACAUGAUGUACUGCGCUGACAACCACCUCAGGAUGAUCAAAACCGGAGACAGCGGCUUCACGUUCUUUCGUCUGCUCACCAAGACGGGACGAUGGCUGUGGGUUCAGGCCAACGCCAGGGUGGUCUUCAAGGAUGGAAGGCCCGACUUCAUCAUCGCUCGGCAGAAGCCUCUCACAAAUGAAGAGGGAGAGGAUCACUUCCAGCGGAGAAGACAGCAGCUUCCAUUCAACGUGUCCACAGGAGAAGGAGUCCUCUAUGACCUUGAUACCUUCUCCAUCCCUGCCCCUCCCAGUCCCCAGGACCUCCCCACAGACAAGCCACUGGAUCCCAGCUCCAUCCUGGGGUCCUUACACCACCAGGACCAGUCUCUGCACUCUCAGCCUCAGCAUUGCGCCCCCCUACUCCCCAUCUUCUCCCACGUGAAUGAUCGGGAGCCUGACCAAUCCCAGCAGACUUUGGAGCGGGCCUUCCUGGACAGCCACGCCCUUCUCAGCGUGCCGGGUCAGCUGUGUCAGGAGGAGAGGCCCGCCGUUGGAGACUUCACGUCUCAGGCCAUGCUGAACUCGCUGGAGCAGAUCCUGGGAGACAUCGGGGACGGGUUCCUGGAAGGUCUGGAGGUUGAGCAGAGCGAGCUAAGAGAUUGGGAGAGCAACAUCCUCAGGAUGAAUCACGACAGGGAAUUCAAUCACAUCCUGGCCAAUGACGUGUUCUCCUACGUGGAGGAGGCGCUCAGGAGAGAGUCGGGAGGAGAAACCUCAGGGGAAAGACCUCAGCUUCCUGCUUCCACAACCUUAGACUCGCCACAGCAGACUUCAACACACUUGGACAGUGGACAGGAAGUUCUGUCUCAUCCAAACACUCACCUGGGCCGCAUCUGGCCCGCCAGCGGCGCCACUCACCACGCGGUUCCUGCACACUCCUGCCAUCUUGAAACGCCCACCCUGACCCAUCAAACUUGGCUUCCUUUGGGAGCAAGCUCCACUUUUACCCACACUGGGUCACACGCCCACCCUCCCCAACGCACGGGGUCACACCCCCACCCUUCCCAACACACGGGGUCACACUCACAUCCUUCCCAACAGAUGGGGUCACACCCCCACUGUACCCAACGCACGGGGUCACACCCCCACCCUUCCGCCUCCUGGCCUCAGAGUCACAAUGACAGCGUCACGCCACAGUUGUCCAGCAGCUGCGUGUUUGACCCUCACCUCCCUCAGGUGGGUUCAAACUCCGCCUCCACACACCCGCACGCGGCGGGAGAAGCUUGGAACGCCACUGCAGCUGAGACGCAGAUUGACAGUAGUGCACUCAAUCACGUGAGCGGCGAGAUCCCUGGACGGCCUUUUGGAAACGGAUCACUGCAGUCCACCUUCUUCUGCUGGAACGGUCAAGCUCAGGUAGCGGACACCAGCAGUCACCCAGCAACGCCAUCCCUCACGCCAAAGUCACUCUUUGAUCACCUUCCACCAUACCUGCCAACAUUUGCGUUAUAAAACAUGGCACAUUUUCCACCAAAAUAAAGACAGUUGGGAUCUUCCACAAUCAUUUCCAUUUGUAUUCCUUUUGUGAGAUCUCUAGGACUUAAAAAAUACUCAAGUAAUCCCUCGUCACUUUGCGCUUCCAAUUUCACAGAUUCACUCUAUCACGCUUUUUGAACAAUACAUGAAUGAAUAAAUCAUGCUGUUUCAUGGUUUGGUACAGGCUGCUAUUAGUCUUAAAGUAUGCAUGUUUAAGCACCACCUUCUAAAUACGCUUUUUAACAUGAUUAGAACCCUCUAGACAUGAAGUAACACCCCUAUAGUCACCUUACACUCCUAUUACUUAAUACAGUAGACAUAAUAAGAGACAAUAAGACAUAAUACCUGUGUUCCACUUUUUGUACAGUACUUCCUGUGGUGGCUACUGUCUCAUCAGUGUAACAUUACUGACACCUAGUGACCGGUGUAGAACACCACAUAUCAAAACGGGUGCAUUUUCUGAAUGCUGUUGUUUAGUUCAUUUAGCCAUUGUUAUUCAUGAAAAUGCUUAAUAGAGGCCAAAAGGAUAUAAAAUGUUCUUAAAUAUGCAUUUACUAACAAUAGGCUGUAGGCAACCACCAAACAGCCAUGAAUGACUAAUUCAUAUUUACGGAAAAACCGUGAUUUGAAGCCACAAAAUUCUAAGUGCAAUGAGGCGAGGGACGACUGUACACUGGCCACUAGGUGUCAGUCAUGUUACUGUAGUGUUGGCUGGCACACACAAGCACCAGACUUGAUGGCUUUUAUUGCAGCUUGAAUGAUCUCACAACAGGCACAAUAAUCUAACACGGCCUACUGUCGCCACCGUAACCCACACCAAGAUAAAACCCCCAACCUCAUUUCAUGUCCACCCACCACUUGCUCCCCUAGCACCGGAACACAUUUACAGCAACACACACGAGCAUGAGUCUUAUUUAUGUCUUACAUGUCUUAUUUUGUCUACUAUAUUGGGUAAUAAGCGUGUAAAGGUGACUAUAGGGAUGUCAUUUCGUAUCUAGAGGGCUCUAAUAAUGUUAAAAGCGUGUUUAGAAGGUGGUAAACAGGUUUUCUAUGCUCUACCAAAAUAUUCCAUUAGGGGACCUUUAAACUUGACCUCAGUUUAACCAACCUCCUCCAGAACUCCAGAUGGACCCACUUGUAA